GGCACACCGCGACAGUGUUCGGUUUCCGGCUUUUCGCAUCGGUCGAUUGUUGCUGUUGUCCUCGCUGCCGUAACUGGUGUGCUACUGGCCGCUGCCGUUGAGUUCGGCGAUCGCGCGCGCGCGCGAUUAUAAUUUUUAUAAAAACACGCAUAUCAUUACUGUAAACCGGCUCGGUUAUCUUAUUUUUUACCGCGUACAAUAAUCGUAUCGCUUUCUUACGUCGUCACGUCCAAACACGAUAUUAUAAUAUUAAUUUUUCGCGGUCGUGUCUUAUAUUGUUACUCGCAACCGCUUACAUCACGUGUCCGCCGUCAGUAUACAUAUACGCGUGGGUGUUUUCGUCGAUAGUUUUACGUGCACGAGUGGCUUGUCCAUCUACUGUAGUAUAGUAUUUACGAGACGGGUGGAUAAGAAAAACGCUGCAAAUCUGUUUGUGCGACAAUUGCAGUUUGAUUCAAUACAUAUAUAAUAAGUAUAUACCUACGAGCGCUGUAUUUUUACAAGAGUGCGUGCCGCGUAUGAGACGUCGCAUCGUCAGGUGGUCACAGUCAUCGCAGCGCUAUUACCGUGCUAGCAGUUCUACCGGCCGCCGCUGCUGCCGCCGCCGUUGCAGAGGAUUGUGGUCGGCAGUCGCGGCGGACGGAAACACGUCUCGGCGGGCUGCAUCACCGCCAACCGGUGUCCAUCGUCGGACGGCCGCGCAUUGAUCAUUCCCGGCACCGGUUGACCACAGCCAUCACGACGCCAGUGGGUCAGGACGCCGCCGGGGCGGUGCACCAGCCGCCUUAUGCCAGGGGUUGCCGGAUCCGCACGACAGCUGUCGGCGGUCCACAGCACCACGGCGGUGGCCACAUGGCCACGUCGUCGCUGGCCACCACGUUCGGCCUACAGUUCUACCCGGACGAGACGACCACCACCGCCACCUGCGCCACUACAGCAGGUGGUGGUGGCGCGGUGGACCCGCUGGCCGCCCGGCCGCCCGUGGCCGGUCUGCCCGUCCAGUCGUCGAACGCCACCGGAAACUCGUCGUCCGCGGCCGGCCAACAACAACCGAUGUACGCGACGUCCGCUAACCGGAGCACGUCGCCGUUGAACCCGCAAAACCAUUUGGCACAUCCGUUUCACAUGUCUUUUCCGGUCACGCAGACCCACAACAUAAGCAGAGGCGGUGGCCGGUGCAGCAGUCUGAUGAUGAGUUGCGCGGGUUGCGACAAACCCAUUAUGGAUAAGUUCCUUUUGAAUGUGCUGGACAGGGCGUGGCACGCUGAAUGCGUGAAAUGUGCUGACUGUCACGGCACGCUGUCCGACAAAUGCUACAGCAGGGACGGCAAGAUACUGUGCAAGCCUGACUUUUACAGGCGGUAUGGCAAAAAGUGCAAUGGUUGCGCCCAGGGCAUAUCGCCCACUGACCUGGUGCGGAAAGCCCGGGACAAAGUUUUUCACCUAAACUGUUUCACGUGCAUGAUAUGUCGGAAACAGCUGUCUACCGGCGAAGAACUUUAUGUGCUUGAAGACAACAAAUUCAUAUGCAAGGACGAUUACAUAUCCGGCAAGAACGGGCAAGGUAUCGACUCGUUGACGUACUCGGGAUCAGAGGACGAAGAUGAUGACGAGACCACCUCGAACAGCAUAUCGUCUACCAAACACCAUCUCAUCACGGGACUCCACGGAGUAGGCGGCCCGGGUUCGAUAUUACCACCGACCACGCCAGAAGCCAACAAUAAUUCGCUGUCGGCCGGUGACUUGCAAGCACCUCACUCGGGAUUGGACCUCAAGGAGGAUUCCGAGGACCAAGGUUCUUUGGAUGGCGACCCAGAGACAAGGGACAGUCAAACAGAGAACAAAUCACCUGACGACGGGAACUCCGGAUCCAAGAGACGAGGUCCCAGAACUACCAUCAAGGCCAAACAACUAGAAAUACUUAAAACGGCCUUUUCGCAAACGCCCAAACCUACCAGGCACAUCCGCGAACAAUUAGCCAAAGAGACAAGCCUGCCUAUGAGAGUCAUACAGGUGUGGUUCCAGAACAAAAGGAGCAAGGAGCGGCGGUUGAAACAGCUGACGUCUAUGGGCCGAGGGCCGUUUUACGGUGGUGCGCGGAAAAUGCGCGGUUUCCCGUUAAACAUGAGCCCUGGUUCGCUGGAUGACCAGCAACCCGGUUUCCCGUACUUCGCUGGCUCGGCCGAGGUCAAGUUUGAGUUUGGUUACGGGCCCGGAUCGUUCCAUCCAGACUUCUUCGGCCAUCACGGCGGUCCGCAUGCCGGCGCCGGACCCGGAGGACCCUUCGGACACCCAGGUGGCAUGGAUUCCAAUCCGAUGUCUGGAAUGGGGCCUGAUUAUCCGGGAAUGGGUCAAGACGCUCCGCCCGGCUUCAUUGCGCAGCAGCAACAGGCAAACGACCAGCAGCUUGUGUCACAAAGGCCGGGCAGUCCGUCAGAAUUCAUGGGCUCCCAAGGUGGUAGUAGCAGUGGGUUUUCGGACGGGCCAAACUUACAGAACGAAGGCAUCGUAUGGUGAAAUAAUGUAUUCGCAUACAUCGAUCGCAACCGUCUCCGCAGAUUUAUGCCCUAACACUUACAGUAUAACAUAAGAAUAUUGUUCAAUCGAACGGAGGUAAAAUUAUUAGAACCGUGCCAUAAUGUUAUUAAUAUUAUUAUUAUUAUUAUUAUUAUAAAUCACUAUAUUAUAUUAUUAUAGCGCAAAACAUCUUUACGCAAAAU